GAAUUCCCUGACAAUAUUGCCGGAUUUGAGCCACUGCAAAUACCCGCCACCGGUGAUAUCUUUCGAGAUGCGAUUCGCAUGAUGACCAACACUCUAGGUCGAGUAAUGGAGCCGCUCUCUAAUGAAACAAAUAUUGCUCUCCAAACCCACUGGACAGACGACGCAGAAUGGCACAAUGUUUCACUAAAAAAGAGUGUUUGUAAUAUUGUUGCCCAGGUAUCGUCACGAACCUUUGUGGGAGAAGAGCUUUGCCGAGACCCUGCAUGGAUAAACGUCAUUGUUGGCUAUGCAGAGCAUGCCUUCCCUGCUGCACAAGCACUUCGUCUUUGGCCUAAGUUCCUCCGUCCAGUAGUUCACUGGUUUCUUCCAUCUUGUCGAAUGGUCCGCGUUGAAGUUUGCAAAGCCCGGACCAUUAUCGACCCCAUCCUGAAGAAACGCAAGGGAGUCCAGAGAGAUGGAAAAGCGUGGGAUGCGAUCCAUUGGAUGGAGAAAUCAGCAGCAGGACGCCAAUUUGACGCGGUUGCCGCCCAAUUAUCCUUCGGCUUAGUAGCAAUUCAUACCUCAGCUGACCUAUUAACGCAGACGCUUUUCAACUUAAGUCAACGCCCAGAUCUCAUUGACGCACUUCGAAAUGAAAUUAUUUUCACCAUUAAGACCAAUGGAUGGUCUAAAAUGACUUUGCAUAAAUUGCCACUCAUGGAUAGUGUGCUUAAGGAGACUCAUCGCUUGAAACCGAUUACGAUUAGUUCGUCUACCGCACUGCCUCCCAUUCAUUUUUCAAAUCAAAUUCGAUCUAACACUCCAAAAAUCUCAGCUUCAAUGCUUCGGAAGGCGGAAGCACCUGUCGUUCUAUCCAAUGGGAUCUAUAUCCCAAAAGACACCACUCUCAUGGUAUCAAGUCAUGGAAUGUGGAAUGCGGAUAUUUAUCCAAGACCUUACGAAUUCGAUGGCUAUCGGUUUCUCAAAUUGCGCCAACUUCCCGGCCAAGAUACUAUUGGCCUGUUUGCCUCUACGAGUGUUCAUCAUCUAGGCUUCGGGCAUGGUAAAGAUGCAUGCCCAGGCCGCUUUCUUGCUGCCAUCCUACUCAAAGUGGCCCUUUGCCACGUCCUGCUAAAAUAUGAGAUUGACUUGGUCGAAGGUGAUCAACCGGAAUUUCACAGACUGGGUGUGGGGCUUUACUCCGAUUCGGAGGCUAAAUUACGUAUUAGAAGACGGGAUUCGGAGAUUCAAUUAGAUCAAUAG